AUGACUACUUCGAACGAUGAUUAUUUUGAAGCCACAUAUGCCAUUCCAAUGCAUUGUGAGAAUUGUACAAAUGAUAUCAAGAAAAGUUUGCUAGAGUCUCUUCCACAAGUAGACCAUGAUAAGAUUAAAGAUAUUAAAUUCGAUAUCAAGGAACAAUUGAUGGCGUUAAAUAGUGCCAUAGCCCCAUCAGUCGUCAUUAAGAGUUUAAGAUCUCGUGGCUAUGAUACAAUUAUUAGAGGAGCCGGUAACAAACCUAACAUGGCCGCCGUUACCAUCUUAGAGACUUUCAAUAAGGCAAAGAAUGAGCUUCUCAGUUCUCCCAUCGGAGGCUUGGUGAGAAUUGUGCAAGUCCGUGACGAUAAGACUUUGUUUGAUGUCAAUAUCAAUGGGGUUCCUAAAGCGGGGAAAUAUUUAGCUGCCAUUCACGAGUGUGGUGAUAUCUCUGGCGGCAUUGAAAGUUGUGGUAAAGUUUUCCAUAAAUUCGAUGAACCCAUUGAAUGUAACGAUCAAAGCGACUUAAAUGAGAAAUUGUUCAGUGGUCAAGCAUUCUUGAGCAGUUCUUUGCAAGUUUGGGAGUUGAUUGGACGUAGUAUUGUGAUCUCUCGAGUUGCGGACGAGAUCAGCGAUGAGAGAUACGACAUCUGCGGUAUUGUCGCCAGAAGUGCAGGUGUGUGGGAGAACAACAAGAAGGUGUGUGCGUGCAGCGGUAAGACGAUCUGGGAGGAGAGGAAGGAUGCCCUAGCCAUCAACAUCAGAUAA